AUGGCUUCCACCGAAGAAGACGCAGCUGCAGCAGAUCCAGAAACCGAAAUCGAAAACGACGAUGACCUCUGUCCAAUAUGUCGCCAACUCCUCCACCGCCCCGUCGUUACAGAAUGUUCCCACACCCUUUGUGAACUCUGCAUGACCGAAUGGGCAGAUGUUUCGGUAACUUCACAGAUGACUAUCGUCCCAUUGGCCGAGCGUCCUGAAGACUUUGUUGCAGCGAAUUUACAGGCAAAAUGUCCCAUGUGUCGAACUAUGUCGUCGGCGAAACGGUCAUUGGAAGUUGAAGAGAGAGUUAAAAGUCGAUACCCUGAUGUCUAUCGAAAAAGAGAUGAGGAAGCUAUAGCGGAGGAAGAGGCUAAGGAGAUCAGUAUUGAGACUUUGACGGUUUAUAUUGGGAAUACGGUUGUUCCGCCGGAGAAUUUGGAGGAUGAAAGGGCGUUGUUUAAUUGGGAGUUUUUUGUGAAUAUUUCGGAUACGAGUGUGGUUAAUGAGGUUGAGAUAUUGCUGCAUGAAACAUUCAAGAAACCGAGGCUUAUGAGAUAUAAGCCACCGUAUUCGGUCCGCAGACUCGGGUGGGGGACGUUUAUCGUCCGAGCGAAUGUGGUUUUGAAGUACGGUUACUCUUGGAUUAGUAGCGAUGCCGAGGAUACAAAGUAUGCAAAACGGGCAUCAUUACCGUUGGAAUGGGAGCUAUGCUUUGAUGAAGGUGGGAGUCAGGCUAGAUGUCAAUUGAAGAUCAAGAAGGAGGGGCGAUUGGUUCGGAGAGGUGUUAAUACUCGUAGUAGUGGUUGA